UCAUGACACAUGAUCCAGAAAUGUCAGUUAAGUAAAUUUUAUUUUUAUUGCAAACACUUUCAAUUUAUUUUAAAGUUUAAACAGCUUAAAAGGUGAAUAAUCCUAAAACAGUAUACAUUUUUCUUAAGUUAUGACCUAAAACAUUUGUUUCUCACAAAUUCAAAAGUAUUAAAAGUUGUGAUUAGUUUAUAAUAAUUAGAAAUUAAGUAAGUGAAUACAAAAUGAAAAAGUUAACAGGAUCUUUUCGGUAUACACAGUGGGACCCUUGGUUAAUAAUAUUUCAGAUUGUCUCCAUACAAAGCAUUCUGUACUUCACUUUAGGAGUGGUAUUAAUUUUAUUGGGCUCACUGUUGGGAGAACCAAAGACUUUAGACAAUAUAUUUCAAUACCAUGAGAUACAAAUACGUGAUGCCGGAGGUCAGAUUGUAAUAUGCAGUUUUGUAAUAAAUGCAGGGAUAGGCGCGAUAGCCUUGUGGUACAUCGUAGAACGAACAAAACAAUGCAUGGACUUCAGCUGUACGUGGCAUCUUGUCCACCUAGUAAUCUGCUGGUUCUAUAAUGAACAAUUCCCUACCACCUUCUCUUGGUGGGCCCUCAAUGUGGCUUGUGCUACCAUAAUGUGCGUUUGUGGUGAGGUACUGUGUUUAAGGACAGAACUAGCAGCUAUACCAGUUUCAUUGGGACCGAAGACUGAUCUUUAGAACAAAUUAUCAUCUUGUGAUAAUGAUGAAUGUCUCAUUUAUUUAGAUAAGUUGUGAUAAUAAAAGUAAUAUUAAGUUUUAAAUGUUUAUUAAACAGUAUAACAUGA